GUAAACUGCAAUUGCACUUAAAUUUAAGCUCGUUUCACUACCGUUACUCGGGUGUAAAAUCGGUGACUAGGGUUCGAGUUUAUAGCAAGGAAUUAGGGCUUCUCGAUGCCUCGUUCCAGUGGUGAAGACGAUCGCAGGAGAUCGUCGCCUUACGAUUCGUUGGCAGAUCGACGCUCCCGUCAUCACAAGCAUAAAUCUCAUGGUUCAGAUGACAACCGAUUCAAGAGAAAUGAGUGGAAUCAGAAUGGGGAGAAACAUCGAUAUCAGGAUCGGACAUCUAUGAGACAUUAUGCAGGAAGGAACCAAAAUGAUGAUUAUGGCAGCAGACGGAACCAGGAAUUUAGCAGGCAAUAUAAGCAUGAUGGACAUAGAGAAAAACAGUAUAAACACAGGUCACCCAGCCGAUCAGAUGAUAAAUCUCAUGGGGAGGUUACGUCUAUGUCAAAUUCACCACCUCCUGGGAAGAGCAAGCGGACAAGUGGAUUUGAUGUGGCCCCACCUAUUGGAGCUGCUUUGCCAGAUUCUUCAGAGCAACUGUCUGGAGUCCCCAUGGUUCAAGCAAUCUCUGGAGUGCUGCCAAGCAUGCUUACUUCCGAGACUCAGGUUAACCAGUUGGCUUCCGUUUCAUUAUUUCCAAUUCAAGCUAUGACUCAACAGGCUACAAGGCAUGCACGCAGAGUGUAUGUUGGUGGCCUUCCUCCACUGGCUAAUGAGCAGACAAUCUCCAGGUUCUUCAGCCAUGUUAUGAAUGCAAUUGGUGGAAAUUCUGCCGGUCCUGGUGAUGCUGUAGUGAAUGUGUACAUCAAUCAUGAAAAGAAGUUUGCAUUUGUGGAGAUGAGAACCGUGGAAGAGGCAAGUAACGCAAUGGCACUUGACGGAAUUGUUUUUGAGGGUGUCUCUGUGAGGGUUCGAAGGCCUACAGACUAUAAUCCUUCCCUUGCAGCACCACUUGGGCCCAGCCAACCUAGUCCUUACCUUAACUUAGGCGCUGCUGGACUUACACCCGGCAUGACUGGUGAAGUUGAGGGAGCUGAUCGUAUAUUUCUUGGUGGAGUGCCCUACUACUUUUCUGAAGCUCAGAUAAAAGAACUGUUGGAGAGUUUUGGUCCUCUGCGCGGGUUUGACCUUGUGAAAGAUAGAGAUACAGGAAACUCUAAAGGAUAUGGUUUCUGCAUUUAUAAGGAUCCAUCCGUCACGGAUAUUGCUUGUGCUGCUCUGAAUGGCUUAAAAGUGGGAGAUAAAACGCUUACUGUCCGGCGUGCCACCAUUAGUGGACAGUUGAAAACGGAGCAGGAAUAUAUACUAGCUCAGGCACAGCAACAUAUAGCAAUGCAGAAAAUGGCUUUGGGAGCUGGAGUGACGAAUCUUCCAGGUGGAGGAAUUGAGUCUGUAGUAAAUGUGGAAAUUCCUACCAAAAUUUUGUGCUUGACUGAGGUUGUUACUGUUGAUGAAUUGAUGGAUGAUGGAGAAUAUGAAGAAAUACUUGAAGAUAUGAGGGAAGAAUGCCAGAAGUUUGGAGAGUUGAUCAGUGUUGUCAUACCUCGUCCUAGUCCAAAUGCUACCCAGAUUGAAGGUAUUGGAAAGGUCUUCCUCGAGUACGCUGAUGCUGCUGGUUGUACCAAGGCAAAGUCUGCACUUAGUGGCAGGAAAUUUGGAGGCAAUGCCGUGAUGCCAUUUUAUUAUCCAGAAGAUAAAUAUUAUGGUGGGAACUAUGCUGCCUGAUCUGUAUAUAUCUGUCCUCAAUUCAAUCUUACGUCAAAUGUAGAUUGCUCGGCAAUUGUGCUAAAUGUUAAUGACAAUUGCUCGGCAAUUGUGCUAAAUGUUAAUGACAAGUAGUUUUAUGCGUAAUCUGAGUCUCUGUAUAGAUUGUAGAGUAAACCACCUCAAGAUCCAUCUUGAACACUUCAUAAGAGAAUGGCCUUUUAUGUUUGGUGCUGGUAUAAAUAGAGAUUUCCAAGUGUUGGUUCA